AAUUUUUCAGGCAUUGGCAAGAAUUUAAGCGCUAUCCCCUUUUGCCCUUCCCACUCUCUCUCGUUUUCUAUUUUCAGUCUCUCGGUUCGCCAUUUACAUUUUGCCACGCAUCUGAUAUUUGGCAAGGGAUUUGGUGCAUAAUCUCCUGCCAAUUUCUCGUGACCAGAGAAGAAGCUCAUCCGUCUUCAUUCCCUUCCAAUUCUCAUGCGCCAUAACCCUCCAUUUCAUCUUCUCUCCGAAGAGUUCUCCUUCUCUCGUAUUUGCUCAGAAUCUUCAUAUUCUCUCUUGCUUCAUCAGGUAUCUCUCUCUUCAUCAGGCUGCAAUUGUAACAUGUCAAGCCCUUGCUCUUGUAUUCGCAAGCGUCCAGUGGUGUCAACUCAAGCUUCUCCUCUCUUGGGGUUUCCCGCACGCAGGCCACAGAGGAAAAGCAGAAGCUCUCUGCGUUUCAAUUGGAGCUCCAAUGGUCUUGUUUCUCUCUCAAAUACUUGGAACAAGAGAUGGAGAUUAAAUUGUUCUAACCACCCGGAGUCGUAUGAUUUGAACAAUGACAAGUCCGUUGAAGACAUUGAAAUUGAAUCAAAUAGUCAUGGUUUGGAUGAUUCAAAAGAGGAGAAAAACCAGUGGCUUCGGAGACUUAGAAAGCUACUAGAUGCAAACCACAGAAUAUUACAAGGUGAACCAUGGACAGUGCCAUGGACUGCAGAGACCAUCCUCCAGGUCAUGUUUUUGUGGAUUGCUUCUUUUUGGCUAGUUGGGUCAUGGAUUGUACCAUUCAUCGCCCAUGCAGCAGGUGUAAACAAAGAAGCUCUGACAUAUAGAGGCCAAGCUCUAUACAGUCUCUUAACCGACGUGGUUGAGGGCCUCACAGGGAUUGUCAUCCUCCAUCGAUGCCUUGCCAGGUUCAAGCCCCUGCCUGCUCAUUGGUUCUCCUUCACACUUAAAGGGAGUUGGCACAUUGACGUGGGCUUGGGUUGCCUCCUAUUCCCAUUUGUUAAUUGCCUCUCUCAAAUCAACCUCAAACUCCUUCCUCUUCCAAACCCCGUUUCAGCUUCAAGCGUUGAGAGAUCGAUAAUGGCUCGUGAUCCAGUGGCCAUGGCCCUUUAUGCCAUAGUGGUCUCGGUUUGUGCACCAAUCUGGGAAGAGAUUAUAUUUCGAGGGUUUCUAUUGCCAUCUUUGACCAGAUACAUGCCGGUUUGGUGCUCAGUGGCCAUGAGCUCAUUGGCCUUUGCAGUGGUUCACUUCAAUUUGCAGAGAUUGUUGCCACUUGUGUUUUUGGGGGUGGUGAUGGGGGCAGUUUUUGUGAGGUCGAGGAACCUCCUUGCAUCGAUGCUAUUACAUAGCCUGUGGAAUGGAUUUGUGUUCUUGGAUCUGAUGAAAUAGUGUUAUGAUAAAAUUAUUUAAGAAAAUGAAGUGUUAGGGAGUGAAAUUGUUGUGCCUGCUUUA